AUGCACGUUCGAGUCUUCCCGGUUGCCACGCCGCAGCGAAUCUCGCGCCGCGACACUUCACUCCUUUCGCGCCGCGGAACAUCUCGUGAGACCUUUCACGAGCCUUCAGAAGGUCCCCUUUCAGUCUCCACGCCCUCGCGCCGCGGCACUCCUCGCGGCGACUUCCACGACUGGCCAGAGAGUUGGGAUUUCCAUCGCGUCACGCCGCGGCAGUCGUCACGCCGCGGCAGUCGUCACGCCGUUACACUCCCUUCUCCCACGCCGCGAGCAAAUGACACGCCGCUGCACUUCUCCUCUCACGCCGUGACCUCCAUAGCGACGUGCCGCGGUGCGUUCCCAAAGCAGGUGCACAAUCGACCGCCGGCGGCUGUUCCCCUCCUCCUGCCGCCGUCGAUCCGCGGAUCGUGCGCCUGCGGGAUCUCUAUCUUCCACCUCUCAAUCUCUGAUUUCAAACCACCCUCGGUGCUCCUUUCCUCCACUGCCCAAUCCUCCAGCACCGAGCUUCCGGGCUUUGGAGGCGGCCCGAGGGUAGAGUCCCCACGCCACAGCUGCCGCCACCACCGAUGGGGACGGCCCCACGUCCGAAUUGCAAACGGAUCCAUUCACCAUGGAGCCGCCGUUGAGAGCGUUGGGCAGUGUGCCUUGAUUAUAAUCGAGCGGCAUGCUCCGCAUUGUAUUGUCGAGAAGCGAGACCCCCAUAUUGAGGAUCCCCUGCGGUCGGCCCGAAGGCCUUCUGAUUUGGAGAGCUACAAACCGCCGGCAGCUCGUUCUCACCGACGGCGGCACCAGGUUGCUGAGAAGCACCGUCACAGACCCCACCACCGUAUCACGAAGCCAUCCCUGCGCAUCUCGAUUAUCAUGGACGAUGUCUCCGAAUUUAGGGUCCGAUUGUUGACCCGGAACACCAACCUCUCGUUCCAGGUCGGGUUGGCCCGACCCGUCUCAUCGGUCCUGGUUUUUAUCUUUCGGGUCGGGUUGAUCCACGUCACCGCAUACGUGCGGAGGUUCUUGGAGAGAGGGGACGACGAGCGUGGCCCGAUUGGAGUCCAAAUUUGAUGAAAAAGGCCAAAUAUCUUUUUUUUCUUCUCUCCUUGUUUUUCUGGGUGGUGUCUUUUAAUUCUUGUGGAAAUACAAAUGUAAUUUUGUUUUGAUGCGUUUCUUGUAAAAAGGAGCAAGUGAUUUUUGUUGAUCAACAAGUCAAAUAGAAAUUACUUAAGGGGAUGGUAAACCAUUUUUUGAGGGGAGAGCAGCCGGUUAACAAGGAACGUGGAACAUCCUAUAGAAGUAUAAUUAUUUUGGUCAUUUUCUCUACAAUUGUCCUAACAAUGAUGUCGGUCAGAUUGAAUUUUCGAUCGAUUGAAACCUAGCCGGCUUACACAUGGGAUGUGUGGCCACUAACGUGUUAUGUAUAUUUUUAUUUUCUGGCGAUCUGAAUUAAGUAAUCUAUAAAUAAUGCUGACGUGGACAUUGUAAGCAUCUUUGAC